AUGGUGCGUGGUGACGUUGUGGCGGCGGGGGCGCCAUCCCGGAAGCGCGAGCAAGGCCGCCAGAUGUGCAGUUAAAUAUGUGGAUCCCAGAGCCAAGCUAUGUCAAGAUUCCGGGUUUUGCCUGAUACCGCCCCCUGGAGGGCAGCGGAGGAGGAGGAAGAGAUGGACCCCCCGGACUCGGCCUCGAGGGUCUUCUGCAGCCGCAUCCUGAGCAUGGUGAACACAGACGAUGUCAACGCUAUCAUCCUGGCUCAGAAGAACAUGCUGGACCGCUUUGAGAAGACCAACGAAAUGCUGCUGAAUUUUAACAACCUGUCAAGCGCCCGCCUGCAGCAAAUGAGCGAGCGCUUCCUGCACCAUACAAGGACCCUGGUGGAGAUGAAACGGGACCUGGAUAGCAUCUUCCGCAGAAUCAGGACGCUGAAAGGGAAGCUGGCCAGGCAGCACCCGGAGGCCUUCAGCCACAUCCCAGAGGCAUCCCUCCUGGAGGACGAGGAUGAAGACCCCAUCCCACCCAGUACCACGACCACCAUUGCCACCUCGGAACAGAGCACAGGCUCCUGUGACACCAGCCCUGACACCGUCUCACCCUCCCUCAGCCCUGGUUUCGAGGACCUCUCCCAUGUCCGGUCCAGUUCCCCUGUCAUCAAUGGCCGAAGCCAGACGGAUGAUGAGGAGACACCGGGCGAGUAACACUAUUCCCUGGUGCCCCGAGGGGUCUCAGGGCAGUGGCAGCACUCCCCCGGUGUCUGUGGUGGCAGCAGGUAACCCUGCCUGGAGAUCAGUAGCUUUGCCACCCUGUUCUGUCACCCAGGGCUCCCCGGGGGACCUGGCUCUCUGGGGGUGUGGAAUUCCUAGGGGGUCUGUCCUUCCUGCUUCCUCAUUGAGAACAUCUGUCUUCUGCAGACCCCUCUGCCAGGCCAGGGGAUGACCAGCUCAGCUGGAGUUGUUGGGCGGGGUGUAAGGGAGCUUUUCCAGAGCCAAGCUUGAGGUCUGCUCUAAACAUUUAAAGGCUCCCAGAGACCAGAGCCAGAUAGCCCCUGCCCCAGUGCCCUGGUUGAGACCUCCUCAAAGUGGACCAGCACUGUCUUGUCUGAGUUCACCCCUGCCCAUCCCUGCACCCACUAAUUCUGGUCUCCCUGUCCCUUUUUCCAACAAAAGUAUUGAAUAUUGUCUCCAAUAGGUAUCUCAAGGAGGUUUCUGAGACAGUUGUAGAAGGCUCAAGAUGGAGGCUGGCCAUUCAGCUGCAAGCCUGAUAAGGCCUAUGUUUCUCUGACCAGAGGUGUGAACCUUGAAAGCCCAGCAGGCCUCUCCCAGGGCCUCCAUGGAGCAAGCUGAGUCACCUUGGAAAACAGAGUUAAACGGAAUAUUUUUGUACCCGAUGUUUACAGAUGCUAUUGGGAAGUUAUCAAUAAAAAGACUCUGUUACUAAAAA